CAAAAAGUUUUAAAGCCCUUCAGCGUCUUCCUUUACUUUCCUUUUCCUUCAAGUUAUAUUAUACCAUCCUCUACUUUACUCUCUGAAUUUUCAAAAACAAAACUUUACUCUCUGACUCUAUAUUUCUUACACACACACACACACACAAACACACACAAACACAAAAUCUCAGCCAACCCAGAGCAGAGUUUGUGUUCUUCAUCAUCAUCAUCAUCAUCAUCAUCAUCAAAGAUCAUCGAACACUCAAAGUCUCAAACUUUCCCUUUUAUUGCUUCAUCUACCUUCAUUCUGCGCCCAGUAAAAGCAACCCCACCAAAAACAAACAUGCGUCGUGGAACUGGCCGUGGCAGAGAUAGGAGCACCGGAGCCCAAUGGGUUCAAAAGAAGACAGGGGAUUCAGUGCAUCGUCACAACCCUAUUGGAGCAGAUAGACUCGCUGAGGAGGCUGUUUGUUGUAAGGAUGGAUCCUCCAUAGGGGAAAGGAAUAAUUCGCAGCAAAUGUCACAUGGUAGUGCUCCAAAUCACUCUGACUAUAAACCCAAAUUUGGUAGCAAAAACAGGCAGGAGUGGCAUUCACGUGGUGGCAUUCAAGAGGUUGGGGCAGACAGACUUGCUGAGGAUACUGUUGGUGGUGAGGAUGGAUCCUCCAUAGGCAAAAGGAAUAAUUUGCAGCAAAUGUCACAGGGUAGUGUUCCAAAGAACUCUGAGUAUAAACCCAAACUUGGUAGCAAAACCCAGCAGGAGUGGCAUUCAUAUGGUGGCAAAGAUGGUUUUGCUAAUAUAGUGAGGUCUCAACAAGGAAUAAAUUCACCAGAGAGUGUAGGCAGUAGAUCAAAACAAUUCAAGUGCAUGGGUACUCCAGAUUCAGCCCAUAAACAGGAUUUUCCUCAAUUGUCUGGGCAGUCUGAUUCUGAGGACUUGGAUGCAGGGAGAAUUCAGAGUGGUAAAAUCUUAAGUGUGGGGACUGCUGAUAGCAUAACAUUACCGGAUGAUCUCCCGCACCAAGCAGCUCCUUCCAACGAAAGAGCCAGUUUGGAGGUGGACGUGGAAUCCAAGUUGAAAAAAAAUUCUGUCCAUCAGGUUGAGACUCAGCCCCUCUCUGUAUCUGCUAAAAUAUUAGAGCCAUCUUCAAGCAAGGAUCCAAAAAGUUCUGCAGGCCAUAAAAAUUUAGAGCAUUCUGAGCACUCCACAAUACUUGACUCUUUUGAUCUCUGCCCAACCAAAUCUGAGAAAACUGUAAUGCUCAAACCUUCUUUACUUGUACAGAAUAGAGAAAGGCGGAAUGAAAUCAAGUCCUCCUUGGAGGGGCAAAAUGGAGAUGUGUUGAGGGCUGGGAUGGUCCUUCUAAAGAGUUACAUAUCAGUCAGUGAUCAGGUCAAAAUAGUAAAAAAAUGCCGAGACCUUGGUCUGGGUCCUGGAGGUUUCUACCAACCAGGUUACCGUGAUGGAGCAAAACUGCGAUUGAAGAUGAUGUGCCUCGGUAAAAAUUGGGACCCUGAGACAGGUAACUAUGGAGAUCACCGUCCAGUUGAUGAGGCUAAACCACCCACUAUACCUGCUGAAUUCUAUGAGUUGGUAAAAAAAUCAAUUGAAGAUUCCCAUUCCCUUAUUCAGAAAAAUUCCAAAUCAAGCAAUGUAGAAAGCAUACUUCCCUGGAUGUCACCAAACAUUUGUCUUGUAAAUUAUUACUCUGAAAAUGGUCGACUUGGUCUCCAUCAGGAUUGUGAUGAAAGCCCAGACAGUCUUGCUAAAGGUUUACCUGUGGUCUCUUUUUCAAUUGGUGACAAGGCAGACUUCUUAUACGGUGAUCAGAGGGAUGUUGACAAGGCAGAGAAGGUUGUGUUGGAAUCCGGAGAUGUUCUUAUAUUCGGUGGAAAAUCUAGGCAUAUUUUUCAUGGUGUUACAGCCAUUCACCCAAACAGUGCACCAAAGUCCUUGCUUGAAGAAACAAAACUCCGGCCUGGCCGGUUGAAUCUUACUUUCAGACAGUAUUGAAAACCUUGGUAUAUAUUUGGAACUCCCUCAAAGUGAUUAAGAAAGUUUCUUGAAGCAGAGAGGUACACGAUAGUUUUGUAACUUUUGUUGAUGUAAUAACCGUUUAUGUAGAUAUUCUGGUGGUCAUUGUAAGCCCUGCUUCGGCCCUUACCUUUUGAUGAUGACCCCUUCCCUUUCCUUUCCUAUCUCCCCAUCUCCUCACAUCCAGAGUCCAAACAUAUGCAAAAAUGACGUGUAUCACAGUUUUCCUUGUAAUUGAUUUAUGUUUCAGUUAUCAUUUUUACAAUUUUCCUUUCUUC